UUGAGUGUGUCCACGCAUGCGCGUUAUUCACACCUCUGCUGUAGAGGGAGACAUGGCGACGUCCCUGAUCUGUAGCCGUUUGACGGCUAGCCUGAGAACUUCAGGGGCCAGAAACACUAUCAGCACAGCUUCCAAGGUGCUCGGCGGUUCCUCUGGUGUGUUCGGAGGCCAUGUGUCCCAGCUGCAGCCCCCUCACCUGCAGCAGCAGCAGAGGAACCUCUCCCUGCACGAGUACAUGAGCAUCGGCCUGCUGAAAGAGGCUGGCAUCUCUGUGCCGGCUGGCUUGGUGGCCAGCUCCCCGGACGAGGCCUACUCUGUGGCCAAGGAGAUCGGUUCAAAGGACCUGGUCGUGAAAGCUCAGGUUCUGGCUGGCGGCAGAGGGAAGGGGACGUUUGAGGGCGGACUGAAGGGAGGAGUGAGGAUCGUCUACUCACCAGAGGAGGCCCGAGACAUUUCAUCCCAGAUGAUUGGUCGGAAGCUGUACACAAAGCAGACCGGGGAGGCAGGCCGUAUCUGCAACCAGGUGUUCAUCUGCGAGCGCAGGUACCCACGCAGAGAGUACUACUUCGCCAUCACUAUGGAGAGGUCCUUUCAGGGCCCGGUGUUGAUUGGCAGCUCACAGGGGGGCGUGAACAUCGAGGAUGUUGCAGCAGAAAAUCCAGACGCCAUUGUGAAGGAGCCCAUCGACAUCGUGCAAGGCAUCAAGAUGGAGCAGGCCGUCAAGGUCGCUGAGAAGAUGGGCUUCCCGCCAGCACUGGUGAAUGAGGCAGCUGAGAACAUGAUCAAACUGUACAAUCUGUUCAUCAAGUAUGACGCCUCCAUGGUUGAGAUCAACCCCAUGGUGGAGGACUCCUCUGGCAUCGUGAUGUGCAUGGAUGCUAAGAUCAACUUUGACUCCAACGCGGCGUACCGCCAGCAGAAGGUGUUUGAGAUGCGGGACUGGAGUCAGGAAGACCCGCGGGACCGUCAGGCUGCUAAAGCCGACCUCAACUACAUUGGCCUGGAUGGAACUAUUGGAUGUCUGGUAAAUGGAGCCGGUCUGGCCAUGGCCACCAUGGACAUCAUCAAGCUCCAUGGCGGCACACCGGCUAACUUUCUGGAUGUAGGCGGAGGAGCCACAGCUCAUCAGGUGACCGAGGCCUUCAAGCUCAUCACCUCUGACAGGAAGGUUCAGGCCAUCCUCGUCAACAUCUUCGGAGGCAUCAUGAGGUGUGAUGUCAUCGCUCAGGGCAUCAUCAUGGCUGUGAGAGACCUGGACCUCAAGAUUCCCAUCGUAGUACGGUUACAAGGGACGAGAGUGGAUGACGCCAAAGCCCUAAUUGCUGCCAGCCCACUGAAAAUCCUGGCCUGUGACGACCUGGACGAGGCCGCCAAAAUGGUUGUAAAGCUUUCUGAAAUCGUCUCUUUGGCGAAGGAAGCUCAAGUGGACAUCACCUUCCAGUUGCCCAUCUAGAAAAAAAAAACAAAGCCUCGACCCCCUCAACCCCAAAACCCCCCCUCCCCCAUGACCACCUCCUCUGGACGAGCCUCCCAAGAAGACACGUUUAGUUCUCCUCUUUUCAUCUACCUUGUGUCUCUGUGGCGCAGUGUGGCACAACUCUGAACAGAUUUCCCUUAGAUAGAGAGAGAGCGCGGCCUACAUCUCCCUCCAAGUCUGCAAACUUAACGUUGCACUCGAGUCAAUACGCACAAACCCUCCACCUUUUAAAUCCUCCUCUUCCUCCUUCACUCACUUCCACUCCAAGAGGGAGACUAGCGGUGAGCCGGUCUGUUAACUUCAGUGUUUGUUGGGAACACCUCCUUCGACCGACUUAAUCGAAAUUAAAACAUAGAAUCCAGCAGCUGAAGCAUUUUUCUGUUCAGAUAGUUUCACUGUGUCAUCGUUUUGUGCUUCCGGUUGGAUCGUUGUGAGACAGGAGCCUGCAGAGAAGGGUUGUAACCUCCCCUCCACUAGUUUUGCAUGAGUGCCUUUUUCAGUGUGUUGUCUCUAAGUAGGAAUGUAACGAAAUAAAGACUGAACAUGUUCACUCCAUGCAAGACUUUGUUGGCGUGUAUCAACAAAAACACACAAACGACAGUAGCCGUAGAACAUGACUGAGCUGCGUCCGUUAAUAACAGUGUUCAGACAGAGAACGUGCUGUUUGUUUUCCCUCUGCCAGUAUUGUUUCUGUCAGCCAGUUUCAUUAUUCAUAUGUUUUUUUUUUUUUUUUUUUUUCGGUUAUUUCGGUUGCAUUACCUUGACUGACUUGAGCGUCGAUGUUCAGUCCUGAAGUUGGUAUGCUUUGCAUCGGUUGUGUGGUCAUAGCGAACGCAUCCAUUAACUUCGCUUCCUGGACACUUCAUUUUUUAAAAUUUUUUUUUACAUUUCAAGAUCUGCAGAAAGAAAACCACUUCCACGCACAAACAUGGAAGGUGGAACACGGCAGGUGACGGCGUCAGUUCUCCAAGUCUCUGUUGUACUUUGUCACAUUUUGCUUUUAUUAGAGCGGCAGCAAAUGUUUGAGAGGAGAUGAAUCAUUCUGAUUCUCAACGUUUAAAGCAUUUCAGGUUCUUCAGUGUGGGAUUAAGCUCCUGGUGGAUCAGAACAGGGCAUUUGAUGUGUUUUGUAGAUCAAGCUGUUGUUAACCCAAUGAUUCAAUUACCCCGGCCUCUUAAAGAAAAACAAAAUCUGCAAUUCAAAGAUGUCAGAAGCGACUUUGUUUAAGUAAAUGAAGCUAAAUGAAUGUUGGGAAGUCAGGACUGCAUGCUCAUGUUCACAACUUUGUUUUCUCACAGAUUAAACCGCACUCGUUGUCCAAUCAGGCCCGAGAGGCUUGAAACUCCACUUUAUUUAUGUAUUUUCUUUUGAAAGGUACAAGAAAAUGCUCGAGACACUGGAAAUGUAUUUAUGUAGCUGCCAUGUCCCCCUGACGGAAGCGUUAGCUGCCUCAGACUUGAACAGACCUCUGGUAUGGCUGCUCCCUCACGUUCAGUGUGCCAUCGCGCCACAGAGCCACAACCACACUCUUUUAGCUCUUUUGUUUUCUUUCCAUGUGUAACUUCAGAGUGACGCUGUGGGCCGCGUCCUCUCUGCCCGACUGUAAAAUGGCUCUAGUUGUUUCCCUCCUCCUCCUCCUCCUCCUCCUCCUCCUUCCCCAGCGCUCCGAACACAAGCAGUCGUUGUGAGUUGUACGUCAUUUAUUUUAUCUUGUAAAUAACCAGACGGACGUUCUCGCUCUGUAAAAUAUUUAUGCUCAUCACAAAGGGUUCAACAAAGGACGAAGACAAAUAAAUGCAGAGAACGCUGA